GUUAGUGGUAGGAGCCAGAGGAUUCUGGGCUAGAGAGUCUAGAGGGGCCCAGUGGGCGGGACCCGAGAUUUGAGGGGCCGAGAGGGGCGUGGUCGCAGCGGGGCCAGAGGGGCCGAGGCCGGCGAACCCAGACCCAGGGCCGGGAUCGCAUCCGCGGGCCCUGAACUCCCGGUCCCGCAGCCCUUAGGCCUCAUGGCGGUCAGAGCGUCUUUCGAGAACAACUGUGAGAUCGGCUGCUUUGCCAAACUCACCAACACCUACUGCCUAGUGGCCAUCGGAGGGUCAGAGAACUUCUACAGUGUGUUCGAAGGUGAGCUCGCCGAUACCAUCCCCGUGGUGCACGCGUCCAUCGCCGGCUGCCGCAUCAUCGGUCGCAUGUGUGUGGGGAAUAGACACGGUCUCCUGGUGCCCAACAACACCACCGACCAGGAACUGCAGCACAUUCGCAACUGCCUCCCAGACUCCGUGCAGAUCCGGCGGGUGGAGGAGCGGCUUUCAGCCCUGGGCAACGUCACCACGUGCAACGACUACGUGGCCUUGGUUCACCCAGACCUGGACAGGGAAACAGAAGAAAUCCUGGCUGAUGUGCUCAAAGUGGAAGUCUUCAGACAGACAGUGGCUGACCAGGUGCUAGUAGGAAGCUACUCUGUCUUCAGCAAUCAGGGAGGCCUGGUACAUCCUAAGACUUCAAUUGAAGACCAAGAUGAGCUGUCCUCUCUUCUUCAGGUUCCCCUUGUGGCGGGCACUGUGAACCGAGGCAGUGAGGUGAUUGCCGCCGGGAUGGUGGUGAACGACUGGUGUGCCUUCUGUGGCCUGGACACAACCAGCACAGAGCUGUCAGUGGUGGAGAGUGUCUUCAAGCUGAACGAAGCCCAGCCGAGCACCAUUGCUACCAGCAUGCGGGAUUCCCUCAUCGACAGCCUCACCUGAGUCACCUUCUAUGCUGUUCUGUGGGUUCCUGGCUCUGGACUUUGGCUCCCUCCAUGCCCCACCCAGUCUGUUUUGGUUGCUGGCAGGGAGUUGGCAAAGAGCUCACUGGGACUGAGUGGCUGGAUGCCCAGCUUUUCACCUGUGCCCAUCUGAAUCUACAGUUACUGCGAAAAUCUGCCAUAUUGUGCUGUCAGGCCUUAAGGGUUCCUGACCCGCCCUGUUUGCUAUACCACCCCCAUUAAAGGGCAGCUUCCUCUGGC